GGGGUGUAUUUUUUUUUUCCCCUUUCCCAAGCAGGCCCAGCCAAGACGCCUUCCCUUCGGUAUCCCUUUGGAGAUGGUAGAGAGAUGAGCCACCCCCGUAAGGAGAGAAGAGGGGUCCCCGCGGCUGGCGUCUCUACGGUCGACAUGGACACGGCGGUGGUGAUUCUGGGGGCCGGGGUGACAGUCCUCACUCACCCGCUGCUGUACGUGAAACUGCUCAUCCAGAUGGGCCACAAACCUCAGCCACCGACCGCAGGCAGCAACCUGUUUGGGAGGAAGGUUCUGUACCUGCCAGGGUUUUUCUCCUAUGCCAGGUAUAUAGUCCGUGUGGAUGGGAAGUGGGGUCUGUUCAGAGGCCUUUCUCCCCGAAUUGUGUCCAGCACUGUCUCCACUGUGGUGCGCAGCCGAAUCAAACAGGUCACUCCGAUCCCAGACAUGGAGCACGUGUCCAACAAGGACGAUAUCAAGACGUCCCUCAGGAAGGUUGUCAGAGAGGUGAGACACCAGGAAACAAUUUCCAGCCCUUCGUAGUUGAACCAAUUAAACCUUUAUCCAGGCCUUGAGCAGUUCAUUGUUUCAAAUCUGGGCAGUGGACUUGAUAGCGGCACAUUACUCAAGGAAUUGACAGUACUUGCGGUUUGCCUGUAGAGGGCAGUGUUGUACAUCAUCAGAAUAAUCUGCUGGUAGUGGCAGUCCCUGUGUUUUGCCACUAGAGGGCAGUGUUUCACUUUCUGAAUUACCUCCCUGCUGUGUUGCAGACCUCGCACGACAUGGUGGUGCAGUGCGUGGCUCGGAUAGUCACCCCAGUUCUGGGUAAUGCUGUUACCUGUGCAAGCAUUGCCUUCGCAGUUCUGCAGAACAGGACGUCUGCGUUUAUUAUCUGACAAAGCCAGCAAUUUGAGUCCAAAUGGGAAGCAUGUAAGCUUAGUAUAAAAUGUUUUACUGAAAUAAGCGUUGCGCUCUGAGAUAUUGAGGCAUCGUUUGGGGUAAAUGUUUGAAAGAGAACGUUUGAAACGGUUUCUCAGCUUUGCCAGUCAGCGUUUAAACAGCAGUGUUUGUUUUGUUCCAGUGAUUUCUGUCUGGUGCAUGGCGCAGUUUGUUGGGAGAGAAAUGAGGUACAGGUAAAUCAGUGUGCCUCAGUGAAUUGGGAGGGGGGAUACGCUCCUCUGCUUUCCAGUCCUUUAGAUGAAGCGCAGCUCCCAGCUUCCUGCUAACCUUGACUCCCUUUGUUUCCAUUGACAGCGGCUUGUUCAGCUCCGUCGCGGAAAUCUUUCGACAGGAAGGGAUCGCAGGUUUCUUUGUGUGAGUUUCACUAAAACUUCCAGCCUUUGUAACUUUCAACAGCCGA